AUGACAUUCAUUAAUCUCCCAUUUUCCCCUCACCUUCCAUUACAGAACAGUGAAGCCCCCCAAAGUAGUGAGUCUGAGAUUGAGCAGGCAGCCCCUCGUGUGAAAAAGCCACGGCGCAGCAGAACUAUCUUCACUGAAAUGCAACUCAUGGGCCUGGAGAAGAAGUUCCAGAAACAGAAGUAUCUCUCAACUCCAGAUCGGCUAGACUUGGCUCAGUCUCUGGGUCUGACACAGCUGCAGGUCAAGACGUGGUAUCAGAACCGCAGGAUGAAAUGGAAGAAAAUUGUGCUUAAGGGAGGCCAGGAGGCCCCCACGAAGCCGAAAGGGCGUCCAAAGAAGAAUUCCAUCCCAACUUCUGAAGAAAUUGAAGCAGAGGAGAGGCUUCACAGACUGGCAGAGGAGACACAGAUGAAGACAGAGGAUGAUGAUGGGAAUCAGGCCCAAGAGGCAGAAGAAGACCAGGGCGACAGGGUGGAGGAAAAUGAACAGGAAGAGACCCAAAAUUCAGAAACUCCAUCUCCACCUCUCCCUUGUACAUCACUAGAAAUCCUACCAAAUGAACAGGAAUCCUCAAGAUAA